UUGAAAUUUGGAAUAUUAAUGUUUUUUCAAUGUGUGUCGAUGUGGAUUGAAAGAAAGAGGUGCUUGGAAGUUGGUUAUAUAAACACAAUCGGUUACAUGUUACUUUGCAUUAAAACAUAACAUUAUAGUGCAUUAUAUUUUAUACAUAUCUACAUACAACUCUAAUUUUUUAAAGCUUACUCAACACAAUUUUUACAACUUGAACUUUGAUAUUCAAUUGAAGGAUAUUAAGAUUGUUGAUAAGAAAGUACGAUGGCACCUGUGUUAAAACCAAAACAACGAUAUGAUUACGAACUGGGUAUCAAUGCUGUAUUACUUGGACCGCCAGGUUCAGGAAAGGGAACUCAAGCACCUCUCUUGAAAGAGAAAUUCUGUGUAUGUCACUUAUCAACUGGUGAUAUGCUAAGAGCCGAAAUAUCUUCCGGAUCAAAACUUGGAUCACAAUUAAAGAAAGUAAUGGAUGAAGGAAAAUUGGUGUCAGAUGAUUUAGUUGUUGACAUGAUCGACAGUAACUUGGAUAAACCAGAAUGCAAAAAUGGAUUCCUAUUAGAUGGUUUUCCGAGAACGGUGAAACAAGCCGAAAAACUAGAUGAGCUUUUAGCUAAAAGGCGAACGGAAUUAGAUGCCGUCAUUGAAUUUUCAAUUAAUGAUAAUUUAUUAGUACGAAGAAUUACAGGUCGGUUGAUACAUCCAUCCAGCGGGCGGUCAUAUCAUGAAGAAUUUGCGCCACCAAAAGUUCCAAUGCGCGAUGAUGUCACCGGAGAACCUCUAAUUCGACGAAGCGAUGACAAUCCAGAAGCGUUAAAGAAACGUUUGGAAGCUUAUCAUAAACAAACUAAACCUCUUGUAGAUUAUUAUGGAUUGAAAAAGCUACACUUUGCAGUUGAUGCAUCAAAAAAGGCCAGUGAUGUUUUCGCAAAUAUUGACUCCAUUUUCAUGAGACAGAAAAAACUUCAUGCACAACUUUGAAAAAAGGGGUAAAUUUAUUUUAACAAAAGGAUAUUGUAAAAAGAAAUGACACAUCAUUAAAAGUUAUUCUAUGUAUAACUUUGUUUUCAGUUAACUUUCCUACCUUUACUGGCAUUUAGUUAUUUUGUUUUUUAAUUUUUUGUCAAAAAAUAUAUGUAUAAAGUUAAAUUACAUUAGGUAAAAUGUGUUCUAAGGCAUUUAUGAAAACUAACUAAGCAUUAAAAAGCACAUUAAUGAAAGUAAAAA